CGGCCAGCGAAGCAGUCAAUGGGCGUAUUUAUGACUCGCGCAAUUAAAAUUAUUGAUUGGAAUUGAAUUUAUUUGUUGGACCUACAAUAAUUCGGAAACACGCUUCGAAAAUUGCGCCAAUUUGAAUGUGUACAAAAUAUGCGAGACUCGUAAAAUAGUUGUUGGACGCAAUUAUCAGUCGGCGAGUUUUUUUGUUGCCACUAAUAAAUUUAACACGAAAAUAACAUUAUUGCUCCCAACUGAUAAGCGCAGCGUACAAGCUCAACAGGGUAUACGCAGUUGAGGAAUAAACUCUGCUCGGUGUUUUUGGGGCCACAAUGACGGAGCAUCUGCCGGCGAUCAUCAGUAGCCCGCAGAGAGUCGUCGACUACGGCAGCACGAACGCGUCGCAAGCCAGCCCCAGUCCGGAUCCGCAUCCACGUGCCCAGCGAUUGCCGCCCUUUGUGCUAGUCAGCGAAUCUCGGUCCGUUCAACGUUAUUCGAGAAUGCCGCACAAUACGCCGAAGGGUGAAUCAGCCCAGCAGCCGCUCGAGCGGCUGGAAUACUUUCUGAAUGUGCUCAAUCAGAUGUGCAUCGGAUUUGUCACGAUCUUCAUGUCGUAUAUCACGCUGCGAACUAACCCGGGAACCACUCCGCUGCACGCCUGGCUGGUUACGAUUGGCUUCUCCUUCUUCAUGGCCGAGGGCGUCAUGGUCCACUACGGAGGCAAUGUCCUGACCAACAGCUACAAGCGGAGCACUCAGACCACAAUACACUGGGUCCUGCUGACCUUGGGCGGGGGCUGUGGCGCCGCCGGCGCCUUGAUCAAGAUGAUACAAAAGGGAUUCAUGCUGCAGACCACGCACGGCCGAUUGGGCAUAACGGCCUUUGUACUGUGCCUGCUGGCCAUGAGCUCGGGACUGGCAGCUCUCUGCUCGACGAGGAUCAAGAAGCUGAUCACGCCGCUGCUGAAUAAGGCCUUCCACAAUUUCGUGGGCUUCGCGUGCUUUGUCAUCGCCUUGGUCGCCCAGUAUUACGGCUAUCAGACGGGCUACUUUAAGAAUCGCGUCGAAACGGACUUCCAAAUCCUGAUGAAGUGUCUGACGCUCGUGUCGCUGGUCCUCUCCAGCUAUGGCCCCAUCAAGGGACUCUAUCAUAAAUUUAAGGCCAUAUCGGGCCAAUUCUAAUCAGGAAGACCUUUAAUUACGUACGCAAAUAAUUGUGCCAAUUGGCUCGACCCUCGAUUGUUAUGUUUACAACUUGGAAGAAAUUCCAAUAAUUUAGUGAAAUCCCCAACAAGACACAUUUGUACCUAAAUGCCGGCGCAAGCAAAGCACCCGGAAUUCCCCCUCAUCAAAAUAUGCUUUUCGCAUUGUCCGAGUCGAAAUUCGAGAUAAGGUUCUCGGUGCCUCGUGCCUCGGGCUGGGCACGUAAAUUGUACUAAAACUUACGGAUUUAUUUUGACACUAGCAGUCAGAUCUUUAGAUAAUUAAGAACCUAUUUUGAUACGAUUCGCUGUGAAUCAUUUGGAAUUUUGAUUGCAACACAUCAAAAAUGACGUAUGAAAUAAAACUGAGACUUGUCGAAACAAAAUGUAAUAAUUGGAAAAAAAAACUAAAAAAAA